AUGGCAGAUUAUGUUGGGAUCAAUCUUCAAGUGACACUCGUGGGAGGAGUCGUCAUCACAGGCGUUGUAAGCGACUUGGACGCAAGCACUAGAAAUAUGACAUUGAAAUCAGUGGCUGUUUGUCCACCGGGUGGCCCUGUUCAAUUCCAGGACAUGCUUAUCGUAAGCGGUCCACAGAUACAAGAUUUGAAAAUUGUCCCAACAUCCACGCCACAACAACACGCACCUCCACAACAACAACAACAACAACCUGCUGCUGCUGCUUCAUAUCCACAUCCACAUCCACAUCCAUAUCCUCCUCCAACAGCCAACACACCACCAAACAAAGUGCACGAUACUCCAAUGACAUCCAUGGCUACCGAUGCUACACCAAAGCCAAUGUCAUCCACGUCACAGACAUCUUCAAAACCAGCCAUGUCCAUUGUCGAUCCUGCUAUCGUCCAUAUUGGAUCCGUAUCUCCUGAACAAGUCAAGAACAAGUUUACGCCCACUGCCCCUGCAGCAGCGAUUGUAGCUACACCUUCACCGCCAACAUCAGCAGCAGUGACCAAUAAGCCGAAUGAAGUGACACCUUCACCCCAUCAAACACAAUCAACUAGUGCAUCCACUACACCAUCCAAACAGAAAGGUCUAUUAUUUGGUGCCAACAGACAAUCCAGCAAGCCGCGUAAGCUUAUUGUGGAACCUGAGAUCUUCGAUUAUCGAGAUUUUUCGCGUGGCAAAAAGGGCAAACGUGCUGUUGCUGCUCCUGCUGCUGUUACUGGUACCAAAGCGGAUACCGAGUCUUCCUCUCCAGAAACAGCUACCAAGCAACCAUCUACUACUUCUUCCAAACCUGCUGCAUCUACCACUACAACAAGUACCAGUCCCAAGCAAAAGAACGAGAAUGGCGUAUUGAAUGUGGAAGCAACAGCAUCAUUGAACUCUUUGCUUAAUACCUCUUCGUCAUCAUCACCUUCGCCAAGAAAACUGAGCCAGGCCGAUGUCAGCAUUCCAGCCAGUCUCAUCCCCCCUAAAGCACGUGCUAUGGCUAAUGGGAGCAGUUCGACAUCCACAACAAAGAAAGCAGCCGCCACCACCACCUCACCGACAUCAUCGUCUUCUCAAUCGCUUAAACCCGUUCAAAUCCUCAAACCGAACAAGCAGACACAGCAAAAGCAGUCUUCAUCAAAGCAGCCAUCCAAAAAGGUGGAACAACAACAAAAGGCCAAGUCGGCAGAAUCAUCGCCUAAGCAACCCAAUGAUGUGGUCGAGAAUGAGCAAGGGGGUCUCGUGAUCAAAACGGCUGCUCAUGGUAUUCAAUGCCCAAUUGUGACUCCUGAACAAAUGCGUCAAGUCGAGGAGAUUUGUCAGAAUGAGACGGGUCCCAACGAAGAGAUGAUGGUAGAAAAUGCAGGUCAUGGUGCAAGUAUGAUGGCACUCAAGGCAUUGGGUGGUGGACGUCGUAUUCAACCUGAUAAUCAUAAUGCUGCACCUGUGGCCGUCAUCUUUGCAGGCAACAACAAAGUUGGAAGCUAUAGCUUGUCGGCUGCUCGCCAUCUUGCCAAUCGUGGAUGCCAUGUUUACAUUGUCAUGACCUAUCGGAAGGAUCGUGAAUUGGAACCAGUGGUAGCUAUGCAGAAAAAGUGUGCCGAGUUUGCAGGUGUCCAGGUGGUGGAUGAUGUUGAUAGUCUUCCCGAACAACAAACAACCCCUGUGGAUCUUAUUAUCGAUGCGAUGAUGGGUUCGGAGCUGUCACUUGCAAUGUUGCGUAACGACUAUGAAACGCGUGAAAUGUUGUGGAAGGCUAUGGACUGGGCGAAUGCAAACAAGGCUCCAGUGUUGAGUUUGGAUUUCCCUAGUGGUAUCAAUGCAUUGGAUGGUCAUCCUUUCCACGUGAUGCAUCAUAUUCAGCCUAAAUGGACAUUGUGUUUUGGUGCUCCCAAGCAAGGAUGUACGUCUCGAGCAAUCACUGGAGAGCUGUUCUUGGCAGAUAUGGGUAUUCCUAGUGCUAGCUGGCGAAAGGCGGGUAUCAAUCGAUGCAAGAUUCCUUGGGGUGCAGACUUCAUUCUUGCUUUGGAAUAUGGAUCGUAG